AUGCAGACUGCUUCUACAAACAUUUGUGAAAAACUGCGCAAUAAGGCCAUCCGUGAAAUUUUCUUGCUACUAAAUAUUCCAUGGUCAACUGUUACUGGUAUUAUAAGAAAGUGGAAGCAACUGAGAACAACAGCAACUCAGCCACCAAGUGGUAGGCCUUAUGAAAUGACAGAGCAGGGUCAGUGCAUGCUGAAGCACACAGUACGCAGAAGUCGCCAGCUGUCUGCAGUGUCAAUCGCUAAAGACCUCCAAAAUUCAUGUGGCCUUCAAAUUAGCACAAUAACAGUGCAUAGAGAGCUUCAAGGAAUGAGUUUCAAUGGCCAAGCAGCUGCAUCCAAGCCUUACAUCACCAAGUGCAAUUCAAUGCAUCAAAUGCAGUGGUGUAAAACACGCCACCACUGGACUCUA